UAAUUACACCAAUGCCACACUAACAACUCAUGUACAAGCCAUAGUCACUCCCAACUGACCCUUCACUACUUCACCUCUCUCCCUCACUCUCUCUGUGCUCUCAUUUGCAGAAAACAAUGGCAGCCAUAGCCACACUUUUAUUAUUCACGCACUUGUUUUUAACCGUUCUACAUGCCUCAUCAAACCCAGAUUUCGAGCAUUUACUAGCAUUCAAAUCCUCCUCUGACUCAUCCAACAAGCUAGCCACCUGGAACUCAAGCUCCGACCUGUGCACCUGGUUCGGCGUCUCCUGUACCCGAAACAGAGUCUCGCGACUGGUCCUCGAAAACUUGGACCUCCAAGGCUCGUUAGAGCCCCUAACCGCGUUAACUCAGCUCCGAGUUCUCAGCCUCAAGCGGAACCGUCUCUCCGGCCCCAUUCCCAACCUCUCAAACCUCACCGCCCUCAAGCUUCUCUUCCUCUCUUACAACGACUUCUCCGGCGACUUUCCCGCCUCCGUCACCUCGCUCUUCCGGCUCUACCGACUCGAUCUAUCCUACAACAACUUGUCUGGCCACAUUCCCUCCACGGUCAACCAUUUGACCCAUCUUCUCACUCUCCGGCUCGAGGUUAAUCGAUUCACCGGUUCCAUUUCCGGCUUGAACCUCCCGAAUCUGCAGGAUUUUAAUGUGUCUGCGAACCGUUUGACCGGAGAAAUACCGAAGUCCUUUUCAGGUUUUCCCGAAUCCGCUUUCGCUCAAAACCCGGGGCUAUGCGGGUCUCCGGUGCUGAACUGCAAGGGUCUAGUGAACAACCCGACUCGGCCCGGAUCUGAUGGAGCUAUCGCUUCUCCUGUAAUGCCGGCUGCUAAUCCGACAGUAGUAGCAUCGUCUCCGAGUUCACUGCCGGGAAACUCAACGCCGAACAAAUCGACAAAUACUCGCCGCAAUGGAACAUCGAAAAUAAGUCCAGAGGCUCUCAUCGCCAUUAUAGUCGGCGACGCUUUGGUUCUUGUUUUUGUUUCACUGCUCCUAUACUGCUAUUUUUGGCAGAACUUCAGCGCCAAAAUGCGGCAGGGCAAGAGCAGCUCGAAGCUUCUAGAAAGCGAGAAGAUAGUAUACUCUUCGAGCCCGUACUCGGCCCAACCCGGGACCGAGCGAGGUCGGAUGGUGUUUUUCGAGGGGGUGAAGCGGUUCGAGCUCGAGGACUUGCUCAGAGCCUCGGCGGAGAUGUUGGGUAAAGGCGGGUUCGGAACGGCGUACAAGGCGGUUCUGGAUGACGGCAAUGUGGUGGCUGUGAAGAGGCUCAAGGAUGCGCAGAUUGGCGGGAAGCGAGAGUUCGAGCAGCACAUGGCGGUGUUGGGGCGGCUCAGCCAUCCCAAUAUUGUUAGUUUGAGAGCUUAUUAUUUUGCCAGGGAGGAGAAGUUGCUGGUCUACGAUUACAUGUCGAAUGGUAGCUUAUUUUGGCUGCUUCACGGUAAGUUGAUUUACUUGUUCGCGGCGCGAGGCCUAGCUUGUAUUCACAACUCGUGCAGUCCGCUUAAGCUCACACACGGUGACAUCAAAUCCACCAACAUCCUAUUGGACAAGACCGGCAAUGCUCGUGUCUCCGACUUCGGACUCUCCGUGUUUGUACCUCCUCCCCCAGCCACGUCAUCCGCUCCACGAUCCUGCGGCUACCGCGCUCCCGAGACGUUGGACGGUCGAAAAUUAACGCAGAAAUCCGACGUGUACGCUUUCGGUGUGCUUCUGCUGGAGCUGCUCACAGGGAAGUGCCCCUCCGUCGUGGACAGUGGUGGGCCUGGGGGUGGUUAUGGUGGGCUUGUGGACCUGCCCAGGUGGGUCCAGUCGGUGGUCAGAGAGGAAUGGACGGCGGAGGUGUUUGACCUUGAGCUGAUGAGGUACAAGGAUAUUGAGGAGGAGAUGGUGGGGCUUCUGCAGAUCGCGAUGGCUUGCACUGCCGCUUCGCCUGAUCAACGGCCCAGGAUGAGCCAGGUGGUGAAAAUGAUCGACGAGAUUCAGGGUGUGGUGGGCUCCCCGAGUCAUGAGGCCUUUGACUCAAUGUCCGAGUCGCCUUCCUUGUCGGAGGACACUUGCGGCGCGAGCCAGUAACCGUUUGCAACCAUAUUAUUAACGGUCUUCUGUUGUAAAUCACGGGUUUUGUUUUGUGGGUUUCGAUUCUCCUGCUCUGCUUAUUUUAUUUUCAUUUUCGUUUCUGCUAAUUACAUGGAUUGCGAACCUUUUUUUUUUUGUCA